AUGGAGAAAUAUGAUACUUCCCAGCUUACAGAAUUUCCUCGUUUUGAAUCUGAAUCAAGCCAGGGCGGUGUAACUACAUUUCUCAAUAAAUUAUGGAAGUUUCCCAUAUUUACGCCCAGUGAAACUGCAGAUAAUCAGGAUAAUAAGGUUCAGAGUGACGUAAAAACAGAUGAGCAACCAAUACAACAACACACUGAAGAAAAAGCUUACGAAGAUAAAUUGGAAACUGUGAGCUAUGUUGAGGAAUGUGAAGGAAGGAGUUUACCCAAUAUUGUAAAGCGAAUAAGCGGCCUUGUUGCGUUGGGUUCAGGGAGUGGUACAAAAUAUGCAGAUACAGAAUUAGCCAGAUAUUGGAUGCCAGAUGAUAUUUCUCGUGAAUGUUAUGAAUGUGCAGCGAGAUUCAGCGCUCUGCGCCGACGCCACCACUGCAGAGUGUGCGGACAGAUAUUCUGUUCACGCUGCUGUAGCCAGCGUGUGCCUGGUCAAAUAUUUGGGUGUGCAGGGGGCUUGCGCGUGUGUACGUAUUGUUGUAAAGUAGUUCUUACGUAUUUACGCGAGAACGACAUGAGUGGGGAUAUAUCGCCUGAUCUGAAAACACUUCAGGAGAGCUUACAGGUGAAGUUCCCGGAGAACAAAAACCAAGUAUAUAAAAACAGGGACUUUAUAUUCGCGCGUGAACAGGAGCCGUGUGAAGUGCGCAACUCCAGCAAGGAGGCGCUACACGAUGUGUACAGGAUGCUUUAUUAUGCGCUUCCAACACAACAGCAUAGGUAUCGUCUAGUGAGGUACAACAAUGUAUGGCGAGGAUGCGACAUUAUGCAAUGGCUCAUCGACAACACGUCGCAUAAAACUAGGGUCCAAGCGACACUGGUUUGCCAGAGCCUGCUGAGCAACGGGUACAUGGAGCGCGUGACGGAGCCGGCGCAGUUCGCGGACUACGCGCUGUACCGGCCGGCGCCGCUCGCGCACGACGACGACGUCGCGGAGACGACGCCAGAUGAAGAGUGUAGCAACAGGUUGACAGAAAGCGUCUCAUCGUACUGUCUCGACCUGAACCUUGACAACAGCUCGGCGAGACUCAUCAAAGCUACAAAGUCAGAAAAAAAGUCAACGUCGUCUAACGAAGAGGACCAUCCAAUUUUAGAUCAUAAUGAAACCGGCGGCGGCAAGCCGGCGUGCAAGGCCAUCGAGCAGUCGGGCGAGGCGCACCUGCGGCUGCUGGCGCGGCAGUGGCUGGCGCGCGCCGCGCUGCCCGCCGCCUGGCUGGACGUGCUGUACCCGCUGGCGCGCGCCGCCGCCGCCGCCGUCACGCUCGACAUGAUGGGCAUGGAUAUAGACGUGCGCAACUACGUGCAUGUAAAGAAAGUGCCUGGCGGCUGCAUGAACGACAGCUGCCUCAUCAAUGGUGUCGUCAUGACCAAGAACGUCGCUCAUAGGGGAAUGCCGAAAUAUAUAAAAAACCCAACUGUACUAUUGUUGGAUUGUUCAAUCGCCUAUCAAAGGGUCGAGGGGAAGUUGACAUCUUUAGAACCUCUCUUAAUGCAGGAGCGCGAGUACCUGUCGCGGUGCGCGGCGCGCAUCCUGGCGCUGCGGCCGCACGCGGUGGUGGCGCGCGGCGGCGCGGCGCGCGCGGCGGCGGACGCGCUGCGCGCGCGCGGCGUGGCGCUGGCGCUGCGCGCGGGCGAGCGCGCGCUGCGCCGCGCCGCGCGCUGCCUGGCCGCCGACCGCGUAGCCGCCGUCGACGCCACCGUCGGCGUGCCGCGCCUCGGCCGCUGCGACACCUUCUACGUGCGCAACUAUUCCAGCAAGACGCUAAUGGUUUUUGAAGGUUGUGCAGAAUCACAGCUGGGAUGUUGUAUCUUACUUCGAGGGGGUUCACUGCAGGAGUUGAUAAAAGUAAAAAAAAUAGUAAAAUUCAUGGUUUUAGCGUGUUACAAUUGGAGAUUAGAAAAAGCAUUUUUAGCUGACAUUGAAGCUAUCUUACCUGAACCGGGGACUUUUGUUGAUGAUGAUAUAGAUAAUGAAACAGACAUGAAAAACAUUGUUACAAAAAAUCGCAUGACCUCUGAUAAUAAUGAAGAUGAAAAAUCUAGUAACGAUACAUCUGAAGCUGACGAUGCCAUUUUUGGGAGCAACUUGAAUGCGCAAACGCUUAAAGAAUCUAAAUCAUCUAAUAAUGAUAUAGUUGAAUCUCAAAUUGAUUCUACUAUAAAUGAAUCAAAUACCAGUGAAAAUGGAGAAGUUAGUGAAGAAACAGUAGAAGUAAAAGAUAAUAGCACAGUGGAAAUAGAUGAUCCAUUACAAAAAUCUAGGCAAUUUUCUCGUAAAACAGACAGUGAUAAGUUGUUGAGUUGCGGUGUGCCCAUCAAGGACUUCAGUGAUCCGUUGCAGUCGAGACUCUCUAUAGACGAUGAUGUCUUUUUGCCUAAGGAAGAAGCUGAACUAAAAGCAGAUACGCAUAGUGAAAGAUGGUGCACGGACGACGUGGUGCUGUCCAUGUCGCCCAACAUCGUGAUCCCGGCGCCGCCGCGGCCGCUGGCGCGCCCGCCGCCCGCGCCCGCACCGCACACGCCGCGCGCCGCGCGCCGCGCCGACCGCGCCGGCGCCGCGCGUGCGCCGCGACCGAAGCUCCACCCAUUCAUAGAGCGCCCGAUCACGGCGGGCGUGGAGGAGCCGGCGCUGCGCGCCGCGCUCGCGCACUUCCGCGCCGCCGGCUGCUCCGUCGCCGGGAAACAUAAACCUGAAUGUCCAAGCUACAACCCGUCGAUAGUGAAGGAGGUGGAGUCGGAAGAGACGAACAAGCCGCCCGAAGCAGAGCCCUUAGACCCUUUGUCUCCGGAGAACCAUCAACGACUCAGUCUAUUAAUAUACAGCUACAGCAGCAAAUCACCAAAUGUACCUGAUUUCUGUGUUAAUCCUUGGGUUGUAACAAUGGAAAUGUACGGGCGCAACGAUAUCUCCCUCGGCGCGUUCCUGGAGAAGUACUGUUUCAACGGCGACCACAAGUGCCCCUCCGCUACCUGCCACAUACCCAUGAAUCAGCAUGAGAGGAAGUUCAUUCACGAAGACGUAUGCAUCACUAUAACAUGCAACACGAUUGGACACAGCAGUGUGGACAAGGUUAAGGAAGAACAGAGCAAACAGGUGAUGUUCUGGUCGCGCUGCGAGCGCUGCGGCGCGACGUCGCGCGGCGCGCGGCUGUCGCGUGACGCGCUGGCGCUGUCGCUGGCGCAGUACGUGCGCGCGCGCGCCGCCGCGCCGCGCUACGUGCGCCCGCAGUGCGCGCACGCGCUGCGGGCGCAUGCGCACGCCUUCGUCAGCCGCCUCACCACCGCCUGCUUCAAAUACAGCAAGCUGACGACGUACUCGGUGCAGCUGCCGCCCGACGUGAUCGCCAUCGACUACGACACGAAACAGAUGCGCGAGACUCUCAUCGCGCAUCUUAACGAUCUCAUGCUGAGAGGUCACGAGGCAUUCAGCAAUGCGACGGAACCCGAAGGCGAAAAAGCAUAUGCCGCCUUCAAGCAGCACAUGGAACAGAUACACCUGGCCCUCACCACGCAUGAUAACAACUCAUUCGCUCAGCGAGUAAGAAAACUGUGGAGUGUGCACGACGCCAUCGUCAACGGGGAGAAGAUGCUCCGUGACAAUUCCGAGGCGCACCGCCACCGCCCUGCGCCUGAUACCACCUCUGACGAUAAAAUUGACGCAGAAGAAGUGACUGAUGUUGCGAACAAUGAUGCUGGAGAAAGUCUUUUGAAGGAGACCGAAAAAGAGCAUGCGGGAACAGAAGAGGACGAGGAAAAGGGUGAUAAAAAAACAGUGAAACAAAUCUUGUCUCAACUGCUUUCUAACAAUCAACCCUCAAAUCAGGAGGGCAUGAUAAUAACCAGCGGGCUGGUGCCGGUGGUGGUGAAGGCGGGCGAGAUCGGGUCCGUGAUCGCGGCCGCGCUCGCCUCCGUCACGUACGCGCGCACGCUGCAGCUGCGCGUGGCAAGCCAAGUAGAGUUUGACGACGGCGAAAACAGCAACUCCGCCAAAGACAAAACUGACGGUGACAAGACAAAGGCGAAGAGCAAUGAUCACAUCGAGGUUUUGUUGAAGGACGGACUGAUGUGCCGCGUGUACUACGCGGCGCAGUUCCACCGCCUGCGCCGCAUGCUGCUGGCGCCGCUCGAGCGCGGCGACGACGCCAGGGAGAAGGACGCAGGUAAAGCCCUGUGCGAGGUGGAGGAGGGCUUCAUCAGGUCGCUGGCGCACUGCGUGCCGUGGGCGGCGCGCGGCGGCAAGUCCGGGAGCACCUUCUGCAAAACUAAGGACGAUAGAUACGUGCUAAAGGAGAUGACGAAGCCGGAGUGGCAGCAGUUCCUGGAGUUCGCGCCGCACUACUUCAACUACGUCACCAACUGCCGCCAGAGGAAGCUGCCGAGUUUGCUCGCGCGCAUCCUGGGCGUGUUCAGCGUGGGCGGCGCCGGCAGCGGCGUGCUGGUGACGGAGCACGUGUGGUACGGCGCGCCGGCGGGGGGCGGGGGGGCGCCGCGCUACGACCUCAAGGGGCUGGGGCGCCGUGCGCCGGCCGCCGCGCCGCCGCACCACCCCGACGCCGUGCUGCACGACGACCACAUGCUCGAGUAUAAGAUCACAUGGUGUGAGACGGGGGAGUUAAUGGUGUAUGUGUGUGUAGCGCGGUGGUCGCGGCAGCUGGCGGUGCGCGGCGCGGGCGGCGCGGCGCUGCGCGCGGGCGUGGCGCGCGACACGCGCUUCCUGGCCGACAACGGCGUCAUGGACUACUCGCUGCUGCUGGCCGUGCACGCCGACACCCUCGUGCUCGGCAUCAUCGACUACAUCCGCACGUUCACGUGGGACAAGAAGCUGGAGCACCUGGUGAAGAAGAACCUGGGGUCGGGGCAGCCCACCGUGGUGUCGCCCGAGCAGUACCGCCGCCGCUUCCGCGCCGCCGCCGACAAGUACUUCCUGCAGUGCCCCGCGCACUGGGACCCGCUGUGCCCCGCCGCCCCCGCCGCGUGCGACGACCACCAGGACCCG